AUGGUGAAGUUUGGACAACUGAUCAUUGGUUGUUUAGACUCAAUCUUGUUUGUAGCUGAACUAGGAUUUCACUAUGGCAGGAGUUGCAGCAAAGCUGGAAUGUCAAUGCAAGCCUUAGAUGUUUUUGACAAACUCUUGGAAAUCUCAAGAAAUGUCAUCCAUACCAAGAAUGGACACUCAAAGCUUCAUACACCACAUCAAAUUUGUUGUUGCAUUUGUUUCAUUGGCAAGGCUACAAUUUUGUUAAACUGCUCCUCAAAUCCAACAUCAGAAACUCUUGAUUCUCUUGAAACAGUACUGUCAGAGGGAAGCAGACUACUUUCACAACUAUUAAAAUGCAAAGGUUUGUCAUCAUCAAUGUUGAAAGUUGUUUCAGAUUCCUUAGAGUAUUUCAGAGUUACUUUACAAAAUUAUUCCACCAAAGAAACAAAAAAAGCAACACCCCUCUCAUGGAGAAUUUGUCAAGAGGCAAUGCAGCUACUCAAGUUAUAUGGGACAAUUCUGUCGCGUCAUUGUGAACUCAUCAAGAAUGCUCUGCACAAAGCCAGCGGUGACAACUUGAUUUUACAGUAUACCCAACAGUUACAAAAGACCACAGCAAGACAACUGACCCUCUUGAACUUUGUAAUUUCUUCUUAUCAAGAUCAGCUGAAAAGUGAAGAGAAGGCAAAAGUUUGUGACAGGAGUUCAAGAAUUUAUAUCCUAAGAGAAUGUUUUACAGUUGCACAACAGGCAAACAAGGUUAUUCAAAAUGCUCUUGAAGAUCCUGACAUUCCUAUGUCUCCAAAUGAGCUGCGAUGGCUAGGUAGCAGUGUCUACAAUGUAGGCUGUGUGUCCUAUAAAAGUGACUGUUUUGCUGAGGGAGUGCCAUUGCUGGCUCUUGCUUGUGAUGAGUUAAAAAUCUGGAGUUUUGGGGCUGAAACAGAGGAGAAAACCAUUCUCCAAGCUGAAGAGGUACAGUCUGUUAAAUUUGUUUAG